AUGUCGUUUGACUGGAGGAAACCAGAUCCACCAAGGAAGUUCACUGUCAACGAGAAGAAUGCGCGCGUGUGGGUAAAGCAAUUUCAAGAGAUUUGGGACUUUGCUCGUGGUAAUCUAGAGAUAGCGCAACAGUGUCAAAAGAAGCAAGCUAACAAGCACCGACGAGAGGUUGACUUUGACGUGGGAGAUGAAGUUAUGAAGCUCGCAGACCAAGCUGCAGGUCCCUACAAGAUAAUCGAAAAAGUUGGCCAGGCCUAUCGAUUGAAGCUAGAUGAAGGAAUAAAAAUUGCGGCGUGUGUCAUCGACCGAGCCAUUGAGGGGUCAGAUUUUGGAAAGAGCAAAGCUGGUGGAGAUUAA